AUGAUCUCUCCACCCAGGGGAGCCUUAGUCAGAGUAGGCACAGCACAGCACCCAAUAUGUACAGAGUGGUGGGGAGUGAAUGAGGGACUAUGGGGCUCCCGUGGCCUGAGUGGAGCUUCUGCUGCUACAGCAACUGCAGAAGUAGCUUGGGAAGAAACGUGGAGAGAGAGACAAACAGUGAUGGUGUUUAAGAGUAUGAUUCUUUUAGUGUCAUUUCAACUACUGCUCGUGGUGAGAGGGUCUAUGGUACAGCUGAAAAAUGGUGGCUAUGAGGACAUUGUUAUUGCAAUUAACCUCCAGUUACCAGAAGAUGACAAGAUCAUUGGAAAUAUACAGGUAAGAACGCUGGUGUUCAUCUGCAUGUCGUUCAGAGAUACUAGGAUUCCUUGGAAUGCUCAUGUGUUCUUCUUUUUCACAGCCAGAGUUUUUGUACAUGAAUGGGCUCAUCUUCGGUGGGGGGUGUUUGAUGAAUUUGAUAAUGAGACACCGUUCUACGUAUCUAAAGACUCUGGAGAAGCAAGGGUUGAAGCAACAAGGUGUUCAGCUAGUGUUACUGGUCACAAUAUAUACUAAAGUUGCCAUGGAAACAGAGGCACAAUUAAGGACUGCAAAUAUGUGACUGAGCUGUUUGAAGCUGGAUGUCAGUUUGUGCCAGAAAUACAACAAGCGGCUUCAGCAUCUAUAAUGUACAUGCAAAGCUUACCUUCUGUGGUUAAAUUCUGCAAUAAACACAGUCAUUAUGAAAAAGCUACGAAUAUGCAGAACAAAAUGUGUAACUACAAAAGCACAUGGGAAAUAAUUAUGAACUCUAUUGACUUCAGCAACUCCUUGCCAAUAAACAGCGCUCAUCCUCCAUCAGAGCCCUCUUUUGUACUGUUACAGGCCAGGGACAGAGUAGUCUGUCUAGUGCUGGGUGUUUCUGGGAGUAUGGGUGGUAUAAGAAUGGAGAAUUUGGGUUAUCAUAAUGUGCAUAAUCGGAUUACAUGACUCUAUCAGGCUGCAGAGAUGUUCCUGCUGCAGAUUAUUGAAAUCGGCUCCUGGGCUGGAAUUGUCACUUUCUCAUCUUCAGCAACAGUUCAAACUUACCUACAACAAAUAGUCAGUGAGAAUGUGCACCCGGACCUUAUUAAACACCUGCCUACAGGAGCUGGUGGAGGAACUAACAUCUGUGCAGGCGUACAGCAAGGAUUUCAGGUGAAGAAAUCAAAGUUCUCAAACACAGAUGGGUCUGAAAUUGUGCUGCUGACCAAUGGAGAAGACAGUACUAUGAGCAGUUGCCUCGAGGUGAGAAGUAGUGGAUCAAUCAUUCACACCAUUGCUUUAGGGCCACAGGCAGCCCCCAAACUAAAAGAAUUUUCAAAAAUGACAGGAGGUUCUAAGCAGUACAUAAUAAAAAUGACUGAAAAUUUCCAGGACUUAAGGGAUGCUUUUGAUAAAGCUACUUCUGUGAAUACGUCUAGUUUGAUACCUCGGCCUGCCGGUGCCAAAGAAUCAUUUCAAUUUAAACCAGAAGAUAUGACAGUAGAAAAUGGUACCAUAAUCUAUAUUGCAGUACGUGCCAUAGAUAAUGCCUCCCUGACCUCAGAACUAUCUAAUGUAGCACAAGCUGCCUUGUUUUUGCCUCCAAGGGAAUCCUUGCCUAAUACUCUUAAUAACAAUAACCCUAAUAACAGUGUUAAUAUUACAACAGUGGUUCUAAUAGCAACUGGGUCUGUAGUAGUUCUGUGCAUUAUAAGUGGAACCAUGUGUAUUUUGCGUAAGAAUAGAAGGAGAGGCACUGCCAUGAUAGCAUAAUACAACUGUAAAAUUAAAGCUGAGAAGAAAUAUAUCCUUAGAAGUUCUACUUAUAAUUUUCAAUAUACAUAAAAGACGCAUAUAUUUGUAUUAUACAGUAUUGAUGAAUUAGUUGCAAUGAUUUUAAAACACAUAUCCAUUUAUGUGCCUUUCUUGUCUAUUUAGUUGUAGCCUUGCAAUAUGUCUCAUAUUCAAAGACACGUACAUAGAUUAAAUACUAAAUAUCAAAUCAUGUUCACUCAGUAAUUCAUAUCAAGCAACUAAAAAGAGUUUAGGCUCUUCAACUCUUACAUUGUUAGAUUUCUGCAACAUUAUGUCUUCUUUUCUUUAUUAAAUAAAGUGAGCAUAAUGUUUUUCUAAGGGCAUGUACAAGUGUUACAUUUCUAGCGUGAGAAACGCUGCUUUCCUUCAAGAAACUGGGAGCACACAGGCAUUCAUACAGUUUCCUCCACAGAAAACAUCCUGUUUCAACCAGGAAGAUCUCUCCUGUGCAAAACCUUUUCAUGCAGUAACAAAUGCCUGUUUGCUUCUUCACUGGGGACUGGAAAGAGUUGAGCAACAUAUGUACAAUAAUAUAGACAUUAAUGGUUUUACAAAUACAGCAGAUGCCCUGUUUUUAUUUUAAUAUACUUUGCGUGGUGCAUUGUGGUGCUCUUCUUUACCGCUUGUGGUAACGGUAAAUGCAAGAGAAGGAGACUAAUAAAAUAUCUAGGUAAUAAUUAGAAAGUGUGGUGUAUGUUUUACUUGUUUACAAUUCCUCCCAAGGCUGAAUGCUUGUAGGCUCAAGACUAAUACAGAAAGACUAUACAAAAUUAUAAUAUUAUAAAA